AUGGAUGGUAAAAGAUGUUAUAUACAUAGAAUAUCUAGAGUACAGAAUUUAACACUGUGGAAAUACUAUGCUUUAAAAAAGAUUGAAAUGCUGCAUGAAAAUGAUGGUAUAGAUGUAAAUGAAGAGAAAUUAUUCCAUGGAACACAGUCACAUUGUGUUGAGGCUAUUUCUAGAAAAGGUUUUGAUUGGAGAGUAUGUGGUAAACAUGGAACUCUUUAUGGAGAAGGUUGUUAUUUUGCCAGAAAUGCUCGCUACUCACAUGACUACACAGACUACCAUACUUACAAACAGCAGAAACGAGCCAAGAACUUGCUCAAGAUGUUUUUGUCAAAAGUGUUGGUAGGGAAGUCAACUGGUGGACAAAGAGGAUUCCGUAAACCACCGCCGCUGUUUCCAGAAAGUGAUGCAAUGGGCAGAUGUUAUGAUUCCUGUGUUGACGACAUCUUUGAUCCUAAAAUUUGGGUGAUUUUUGACAGUCACCAAAGUUACCCUGAGUAUUUAGUUGAGUAUACAAGUUCUGAGUUAAUGGAUUAUUCCUGUGUAUGA